GUACUGACAAUACUUACUGUACCUAUAUACCUACCUAGGCCCAUUAUUGCGGAACUCGGGUACUUCCCCCUUAACUACCCGAGAACCACCAACCCACAAGCCGGGCCGCUCUGAAUCGGAGCUCCACCCAUGUUGAGCAAUAGGGAUGGCUUCAUCAUCGCCUCCGUCAUCAUUAUCGCCUGCAGACCAGCUGCUUGAGCUUUGCGCCGAUGCUACCACUUCCAUCCAAAGUGAGUGCCUCUCGGUGCUGUCUGGGAGUGAGUCCCCAUCUACCGAGCACUCGUUAGCAGGAUGCGGGCUCGCUCUUGUUGAUCUGCUCUCGCGGCAAGCCGCCCAGAUCAGCGUAUUCUACCGGGACUUGCGCUCUGCCAACCUAGCCGCCGCGAAGACAACUCCGGAAACGCGGUCGCUCAUAUCGAAACGGCUAGAAGACAUCCUCUCUAUAACUUAUUCCCGGUUCUACGCAUAUCUCUUUCGAGACCUACCGACUUGCUGGAGGCAGCUCUACACUGAUGCAAGCAUCCUGAAAUUCUGCUUUAACGUCGUGGGAUCUCCUUAUAUUUACGGUGGUCAUCUCACAUCACGGGGCGCUGCCGAUUCUGAGCGGCCGCAUGGGGAUGGCUGUGAGCUAGGUGAGCUCGUGAAAGUUCUCGACUUCGCGCUAAUUCUUGCUGGUGCUGCCGGGAAACAGAGAGGUAGGAGCUGGAUUAAUGGCGCUCUUGACCUUCUUCACGCUGUUUGGGCAGACUCAACCCCUCCAGAAUCCGUCCCGGAUAUCGGCCAAACUCGUGAGAGGUCGAGGCCAGGACAAGCUCCAGAUUCGUGGCCGUCGGAUGUUGGGAUCGAGGCAGGGGACACAUUUUCCGCGGACGAGCCGUUUGGGCCUCCUGUGAGAUUUCCAAUUAAGCGUGUCGAUGCUCUCUCCAUGGAGUCGUUCCAAGCAUAUAUAGACAACCCGCGGGACACAAAACUGGGACCGGAGCCUCUCAUUAUACGCGGCAGUAUGGAGAAUUGGCCGGCUCUCACCACAAACCCUUGGUGUAGGCCGUCGUACCUCCUAUCUCAGACCUUUGGCGGUCGCCGACUGGUACCCAUUGAAGUUGGCCGUAGCUAUGUGGAUGAGGGCUGGGGUCAGAAGAUCGUCACUUUUGGUGAGUUCCUUCGGGAGUACAUCGACCCAUCGCUUUCCCGGCUUCAAAAGGAGUCCAACCACGACGGCGAUAGCGCGUCCCCCUCUCAGACGAAACCCAUCGCCUAUCUAGCCCAACAUCCGCUAUUCACUCAACUUCCCGCCCUGCGAAAAGACAUACUCAUCCCAGAUUAUUGCUACACGGCACCACCACCGCAUCCGACGGACCCUAGCAUCGACCAGCCAGAGCUGGACGAACCCCUCCUCAACGCUUGGUUCGGGCCGCCAGGCACUAUCACACCCCUACACAAUGAUCCCUAUCAUAACAUCCUGACGCAAGUCGUGGGGCGUAAGUACGUGCGUCUCUACUCGCCGCUAAAUACGGAGCGGAUGCAAGCUCGGGGGAAAGAGAACGGAGUUGAGAUGGGAAACACCAGUUUGCUGGAUGUUGGCGUGGUUGAGGGGUGGGACAUGGUUGGCGGAGGAGAUGAAGAGGGACAGCCUAGCAGGGAAGACACCGCCGCAUUUCGAGCUGUGCCGUUCCUAGACUGUAUACUAGAACCAGGCGAGGCUCUCUACAUCCCGAUAGGAUGGUGGCACUAUGUGAGAGGGCUAAGCGUGAGCUUCAGCGUGAGCUUCUGGUGGAAUUGAUUCGGCGUCAGCUUAUGACGCGGUCUAGGCAUUAUUGCCGUUUUCCCUCUAUGCUGGAUAUACAUAGUUAGAUCUAACUAAGUAUGUGUAAAUAUUUCACAAUCUAAUAGCAUGGGACGUCCCAUCCC